GACUGAGUUACUUUUGUUUCUUUCAGGAGGUUUUAUUUAUGGGAGGAUGUAGUAACCACAGCUGUAGGUAUGAUCUGAUCUGUAACGAAGGAGGAAGCGACCAGAAAAUGCCCUAUACGUGUGUACAGGACACACAAUGUCAGUGGAAUGAUGGUUGUACAGCCUGCCUCCAGGGCAGUGGACAAACGAUUCAAGCAAAUACGCCUAACUAUGUUGCAGUAGGCUGCUACCAUGCGCCAAACACUAACACUGGAUUUAACAACUAUGUUAACCUCAGAUCACAGAUUAACUGGCAUGACAUCGGGGCUACAAUCAGAGCGUGUGCUUUAGAGGCUAAAAACAGAAUGCUAUUAUAUUUUGGCAUUGAGUUCUAUGGGGAGUGUUAUAUGAGAAAUGAUACACUUGAGGCAUCAUACAGACUAGUUUCUGCGAGCAAGUGUACAGAGAGGUGUGUAUUGGGAGUUGGUGCUCAACAUACUCUUUUCGUUUAUCAGUUACAGUAA